GUCUACAAAGCGGACACGGCGCGAGUCAUAUACGCACAGCACACUGCAUUGGUACAAUCUGUCAACAAAGCCAAGACUAUAAACAAUCGCGCUGUUUCCCGCAAGAUUAUGCGAGCAAAAAAUUUUCAUUUUGGAAUGGAAUCUUGAGUUGUCGAAAUACGUAACCAUGGAAAAGCCAGGUGGUUCGUGCCGUUGUUCUAAAAGUAAGAGCAAGUGUGUGGCCUGUAAACCUGGGCAGGUCCUUGAUCUCGACGCAGCCCUGCUAGAGCUAGAUGCCCUCAACGGGGCAACAAACAAGCAGGAAAACAACCAGAAAACUAGGAGACAAAAUGAAUCUAAAACUUGCUUUGAGCAAAGUCCACCUAUGUGGAUCAAUAGUCCUACCUCAAUUAGCAGUAAUAUUGUGACUGGAUUUCCACUACGAGUUGAUAUAGAGUACCCCAAAGAUCCACCUGAACAACCACCAAACUCACCAGUGUCACCCCAGUUACCAUAUGAGCAGUUCAGAAUGAAGGAAGAUCCUCUACCUCUGAGAUGUGAAUGGGACACCCGAGUGGGAGGUCGACGUAUUAGCAUGAAAGGCCGACAGCGCAUGCUUUCAGGCCCGGAUGGUGGAACCAGCCACAACGACCGAUAUGCUGAACGAAUGAGAGACAGGAACAGUUGGCGACCUUACCGUAUCCCUCGGCCCAAGUUGCUCAACAUGGGUCAUUGUUCCAGAAUACGGACCAUCAGUGCUUUAUUGCAUGAAGAAUCCGAUGUUAGGUUACCCCCUAUCAUAGACACUAGUCCGGUUGCGGCGACAAGCGAGCCGAGAAUGAGAGACAUGAGCGACGCUCUGCGGUGCAUGGCCAUUGGGGAGGGCUUUUCCAAGACUUUAGAUAAUUCUGAAUGUAACAUGAAUUUUCCACGAUCACGUUCGGCGGAGAACCUGGAACGCCGCGUGAUGGAUGUGGCAGCCACCACUCUAGAUGUCGUCUCAGAGAAAAUCGAAAAGCUUCAUGUCAAUUGAAGUGGUAGCCUAUCUUUUCGUCCAAAACGAGCCGCCCUUAAAAUCUCUGCAUCUUUAUUUAAUUAUUAUUUUUUAAACCUUCCUCUAUUCUCUUGUUUCGGCAUCUGCUGCUCAAAAUGAUUUUGCUAGGAAAUAAUCUCUCCUUUUUUUUUUUUUCAAAAACUGCCACACAAAAAAAAAAAAAUUAGGAAAAACAAACAAAUAUUGCCAUUUAAAAAUCUAACAACAUCGAUCUUUUUUUUCCCCUCUUCGAAAAGUUACCUGAAUCUUUUUCACGUAAAAGAAUAACGGGAGACGUAAUAAGUAUUUUUUUGCUGGCUUUAUUGUCAAACAUGAUUACGUGGCCAAUGUUUACCAGCGAACAUGUGCAUUCCAUCCAUCAUUUGUGUGUGUGUUUGGCUAAUGGAAGCUCACAUAAUCGGCGCCAUUUUCUCUUCUAAAAUUGCUUCACUCCGAAAGAAAAGAGACAAGCAAUUUUACGAUGGGGGAGGGGUAGCAAAAUGUGACGAAUAAUAAGCAAACGCCGUCUUUCAAUCGAUCCCCUAUCCUUGUAAAAAAAAAAAAAAAAAAGUAUUGUGGGAAUGACGUAAUACAGUUUCGACAUGUUUCCUCUUA